UUCCUGCUCUCGCAUCCUUCGCCUUCGGUUCCUAGGGCAGACACGUUCUCCCUACCAUGUCUUCUUUGCGCAAAUUUUUGCCUACCUUGAGGCGACGUGACAGUGCGGAAGAUGCGACGUCUACGAUUCCCGAGGAUCAAGUAGAUGUCAAGCGGGAAAAAUUUGUUGGAGAUAGCGACUCGGAGGACCUCUCAGCGGACCCCGCUACCGCGGGAGAUCCGGAAUUGAAUCCUGGUGGGCUCUCGCUUGCAGAAGAUGCGGCUGGCGGCAUGGGUCGCCAUCUAGGUGUCUUCGAUUGCACCCUACUCAUCGUCGGUCGGAUCAUUGGCACGGGUAUCUUCUCCACCCCUUCAUCUAUUCUGGGCUCGGUAGGGUCCGUCGGCGCGUCUCUCAUGUUAUGGGUCCUUGGCUUUGUCCUAUCCUUCUGCGGCCUCUUCAUCUGGCUCGAGUUCGGCACGAUGUUCCCGCGUUCCGGAGGAGAGAAGGUUUACCUCGAGGCGGUGUACAAGAAGCCGAGGUACCUUGUCACUGUCAUCUUUGCCGCCAACGCCAUCAUUCUUGGGUUCACUGCCGCCGGUUGCAUUGUCUUCGCCCAGAACAUUCUGAAAGCCGCAGGGCACACUGCGGACCGAUGGGUUACUCGUGGGAUUGCACUUGGAGUAAUCGGCUUCGUAACUAUACUCCAUGGUCUUACCCCAAGGCUCGGCGUGUGGGUGAUGAACGGCCUUAGCAUCUUCAAGAUAGUCAUUCUUGUUUUCGUCGUCGUCACUGGCUGGGCUGUCCUGGCUGGAAACACCCCAGUCAAGGACCCGCAUGCAAAUUUCCGGAAUGCGUUCGCGGGCAGCUCCCACAGCGGCAACGAUUACGCGACGGCUAUGUUCAAGGUGCUCAACGCAUACGCUGGAUGGUCGAAUGUAAACUACGUCUUGAACAACGUCAAGAACCCCGUUCGGACGCUCAAGAUCGCCGGACCGCUUGGUCUUGCUAUUUGUGCUAUCUUGUACCUUCUCGCCAACAUUGCCUACUUCGCGGCUGCCACGAAGGAGGAGAUUACGAAGUCCGGUACUACGGUCGCCAGUCUGUUCUUCCAUAACGUGUUCGGUGCGAAGGCUCAGAAGGCUCUUACUGUAUUUGUUGCCUUGAGUGCUCUUGGGAACGUGAUCACUGUUACGUUCGCGGCAGCUCGCGUCAACCAAGAGCUCGCCAAGGAGGGUAUCCCUCUUCCGUUUGGCAACAAGUUCUGGGCUUCGAAUUGGCCGACUGGGAAAUCGCCUCUCCCUGGGCUUGUCAUUCAUUUGAUCCCCUCUAUCAUCGUCAUCAUCGGGCCUCCACCAUCGGUAGCCUAUCCCUUCAUCCUUGACGUGGAGGGUUAUCCAGGACAGAUCAUCAACUUCUUCAUCGUCAUCGGCCUCUUCUGGCUCCGAUACACCAAGCCCAACGUACCGCGUCCUUUCAAGGUCUGGUGGCCGGUUGCUGUGUUCUUCUUGGCCGCGGCCGUCUUCCUGCUUGUCGCACCCUUCCUACACCCUGCCAACGGCGUUGGAGACACGCCUCCCCUGCCCUACUAUCUGUACUGCCUUGUCGGUAUCGCGAUCCUGGCCGUCGGUGUCCUCUACUGGGCUCUCUGGCGUGUCGUACCGAGAUGGUUCGGCUACGAGUUUGUUCCGAACAAGGAGAAGCUCAGCGAUGGCACGGUCGUCACCGUGUUCUCGGCCAAAAAGAUUGAUUAGGCGGAUAUCCUCACACCAGACCCACAGAUGUCGUGAUGCCUAGUGACUACCCAUUAUUAAUUUAUGCUACCUGC